UAUGAAGACAGAGCCAUUUUGUUUGUUGAGCCAACGUGGCUGCCGGCUAACUAAUCUCUUUCACGAUGAAAAUAUCUCAAUGGAUUGUCGUCGUGGCAACCCUAUUGGGAUUGAGCUUCGCCGCUCCAGAUAUUACACCUUCAACAAAUUCGUAUUUAACUGACGAUGAUAAAAAUAGACUACAAAAGGUCCUUGAACCAGGAUUCAAACUAUCUGAUGUCCAGUCUACUUAUUAUGCUGUUCUUGGAUAUAAAUUACUAGCAAAAGCGAUUCCUAAUUCUGCGGAAAUAUGUAAAUAUUUAGCUAAGAACGCCGGAAAUGAUGCAGAUAUGAGCCCUGAGACCAUUUUUUACAUCGUAUCCACGUGGCAGAGUAUAGGAUCUUGUCAAUCGUUGCCUGUGUCUUCAUUGUCAAAAAUAUUAGCUGCUGUGAUAGAGAAAGAUACGUCUACGAUUCCUGAUUUGUAUCAUGCAGUAUCUGCUUAUGUAUCUUUGUCUCAAAAAUUAUCAGAAUCUACAAUAUCAAAACUAGUCAAGUUAUUACAGGCUGCAUUAAAAAAAGAUGACAACUUAUUAAACCUCGGCUACAUCUAUCACAUUGCUGCAGUUCUAGGACCAGCUGGUGAUUUUGCGUUAGAUAAAAUUGAAGAUACUAUUGUACAAGCUGAUGAAGUAAACGGUCGUUCCUUGCAAUUUGAAGGUGGUCUUUCAGUUACAAGUCUUUUAGUCACUGGAAUCGCAAAAUUAUCAACUUCGAGGCAAAAACCUCCGUCAGUAACCUCCGAGCAAAUAGUAAAAAUAACGAACUAUUUACUUUCAAGACAUUUGGUACAGUCCAUAAAAGGUGCUGCCAUGUUACUGUCUGCGUUAAAAACUCUAGCAAAUAAUGAAUUCAGUAAACCUAUUUGUAUCACACUCGCUGAAGAGAAAAAUGCCAUAUCCGUUAAACAACCUUUCGUUAAUAUCAAAGUGUGUGAUAUUUUUGGUAACGCACUUCCUACAGCUCCUACUGUGGUUGCUAAUUCAGCAACAAGAUUGGACGAUGACGUUGUUGUAAUCAGCAAACAAAGCUUUAAACCAUCUCCCAAAGACAAGACUAUAUUUUCGAUGAAUUUCAUGGAUAUUAAACCACAUCGUGGAUUCUAUAAAGUAGCGGUACUCGCAGGAUCAGUUUCCACCACUGUAACAGUUAAGGUUUUAUCUGAGGUAAAACUUGAUUAUUUGGAAAUCGGUACUGGUGAUGCUGAUCAAACAACUCAGUCGAAAUUAGUCAAAAUUGACUACCCAAAAAAAUUAGAUCAUAAAAUAGAGGCUGAUUCGCAACAAAAACUUGUUAUGAAAUUUUCCUUACGGGAUAUUGCAGACAACAAGUCGAUGCGUGUGCAUCAAGCAUUCGUUAGAUUGUCGAAACUUAUUAAAUCUGUUGAAGAGAAACAACUUCAUGAAGUGAUUUUUGUAGCUGAACCAGAUGCUUCUAAUAUUUACAAGUUCGAAAUGCCUGUAGGAAGUGAAGCUCAAACCUUUGGCUACUAUUCUGGUGAAUAUGAGGUCGAUUUGAUUGUUGGUGAUGCGGUUUUAAGUAAUUCAUUCCAAUGGCAUAUAGCAACUGUAGACUUGAAAUUCCCCGAGCAAACAGGAAAUGAAGUCAAUAUUAAUAAGUUUAUUGGAUACAGUAAAAACUCUGAAUUGUUUACACCAAAGUCGGAAAUAAAACACAUGUUCCGUGAGCCUGAAAAAAGACCUCCAGUUUUUAUGUCAAAUGUAUUUACUGGUCUUUGUUUAGCUCCAAUAUUGCUUUUAUUCAUUUUAUGGGUGAUGUUAGAUGUUAAUAUUUCUAAAUUUCCAUACUCACUCAGUGCAAUCAUUUUUCACUUUGGACUGGGCGGUAUUUUCGUACUUUUUGGUAUAUUCUGGUUAAGACUCAACAUGUUCGUGACACUGCGGUACCUCCUUGGACUUGGUGUGGUCACAUUCUUAGCAGGCAGCAAACUUCUAUCUCAUAUUGCACAUAAUCAAAAAGUGUCACGUUAAUAAUUUACAAUCAUUUACUGUUAUUUCUACUUGACUCAUUUGCAUUUACCACUCAAUUUCCGUUAGAUAGGAAUGACUAUUUUAUAAAAAUUCAUAAAUAAACAUUUGAGUAUUAACUUAUAAACUAAUAAAUUACAUAGUAAUUUGUUACAUAAUAAAGAAAAAAAUUAUUUUUUA